GACCUGGUGGUCCCUGAGCAGCCUCCCAGCAGAGAGAAGCCCUUCAGGUGCUUGGAAUGUGGGAAGAGCUUCAGUCAGAGCUCUCAUGUGCUCCGACACCAGGACAUGCACACUGGGGCACGUCCCUACACGUGUGGAGAAUGUGGGAAGAGCUUCAGCCAGAACUACCACCUCCGCACCCACCAGCGCAUCCACAGCGGGGAACGGCCCUACAAGUGUGAGGAAUGUGGGAAGAGCUUCAGCCGGAGGUACCACCUCUGCACCCACCAGCGCAUCCACAGUGGGGAACGGCCGUACACAUGUGAGGAAUGUGGGAAGAGCUUCAACCGGAGCUUUCACCUUCGUUCCCACCAGCACAUCCACACUGGAGAAUGUCCUUACACGUGUAGGGAAUGUGGGAAGAGCUUCAGUGACAGCUCCACCCUCCGCAGACACCAUCGCAUCCACACUGGGGAACGGCCCUACAAGUGCUUGGAAUGUGGGAAGAGGUUUCCAACCAGGGGGAAUCUCUACACGCAUGAGCGGACACACAGGGAUGAGAGGCCCUUCUGCUGCACCGACUGCGGGAAAUGGUUCAAGGAGAAAUCCCAUCUUGUCACCCACCGGCGCAUCCACACCGGGGAGAGGCCCUACAAGUGCUUGGAAUGUGGGAAGAGCUUCAAGAACAGCUCCCACCUGAUCCGACACCAGCAGAUCCACACUGGGGCACGUCCCUACACGUGUGGGGAAUGUGGGAAGAGCUUCAACCAGAGCUCCCACCUGUUCAAACACCAGUGCGUCCACACUGGGGAAUGGCCCUACAAAUGUGGGGAAUGUGGGAAGAGCUUCAGUGACAGCUUCAGCCUGAUCCGACACCUGCACAUCCACACUGGGGAACGGCCGUACAUGUGUGAGGAAUGUGGGAAGAGCUUCAGUGACAGCUUCAGCCUGAUCCGACACCUGCACAUCCACACUGGGGAACGGCUGUACACGUGUGGGGAAUGUGGGAAGAGCUUCAGGGACAGCUGCAGCCUCCGCACCCACCAGCUCAUCCACACUAGGGAACGGCCCUACCUCUGUCAGAAAUGUGGGAAGAGCUUUAGGAAGAGCUCCAGCCUGAUCCAACACCAGCACAUCCACACUGGGGAAAGUCCCUACCUCUGUGAGGAAUGUGGGAAGAGCUUUAGGAACAGCUCCAACCUCAUCACCCACAAGCGCAUCCACACUGGUGAACGGCCCUACAAGUGCUUGGAAUGUGGGAAGAGGUUUCAGACCAGCUCAAGUCUCCUCAGACAUGAGCGGACGCACACGGAUGAGAGGCCCUUCCGCUGCACCGACUGCGGGAAGGGCUUCAACCGGAACUCCCACCUCAUCACCCACCGGCGCAUCCACAGCGGGGAGAGGCCCUACAAGUGUGGGGAGUGUGGGAAGACCUUCCCCCACAGCUCUACCUUGACCAAACACCAACGGACCCACCGGUAAGAGAAGCCCUGUGACUGCCCCGACUGCGGGAAGAGCUUCGGCCGCUGCUUCCACCCCGAAUGAAACCCCUGAUGUUGAGGCAACCCCUGGAGUCCAGUGACUGUCAGUCCAUCCCUUUCGACCACAAAGGGCCAGUUCCCUUUCUC